UUGUUCUCUCGAUGUUAUGCGGCAGUGAGCUCUUAUACCAUCAAACUUUUGAGGAAUUAAAGAAUUCAGAAACAGUUAUCAGAUCCAGGAUACUAUUUAACUUGGAUAAUGUUAUCCAAACAUGGAACGUGUUAUAUUAAUUUAUUGGAUCAGACAGAUAUUUUGACUUAUUAGAAAUUUAGGCAGGUAAAAAUUAGUUCAUCGGAAGUAUCAAAGUUGAAUUAUUAGUAUGUCAUGUCAUUUGAGAUACAGACAUAAUUUGUAUCAAAACGUUCAAACAUUUACCUUUGAUACAAAUGGUUAUAUGUUUUAAACAGAACUGGGUUUCUGCAUAAGGAUUUAAAUUUCGACUCUUCUUUUAUUGGCUUUAAUCAUUUCCGACCUUGCCGCUAUCGUGGAAAGUUCAGAAAAUAACACUGACUGAUUAUUUGAGGAUUUCAAGCGGACGGGAAUAUAACACUAUCGAGACUUUGCCGUUAUCGAACACAGUUCUGAUUUACAUAAUUGAGGAUUUGAAAUUGGGCGGAAAUACAGCAUUAUCAAGUCAUUUCCGACCUUGCCGUUCUAGUGAUAUGUUCUGAGAAAACGAUGACUGUAUAAUAUUUGAGGAUUUAAAACCGGACGGGACUUAGCGUCAUCCAGAUCUUGUCAUUAGAUAUCGUGUUUGACAGCAUAUUAUUCGAGGACUUGAAAUCGGUCGGACGGGAAUAAAACGUUAUUAAGAAAUUUGCACGGAAAAGACAGUGUGUAAGCUUGAUUGUACAUGUCGAAACAGAGAUUCAAACUAGUGUAGCAGCCAGAAUACAGAGGAUUUUUCAAUCACAUAAGAUGAGACAAAGCAACGGACUUGCAGCAAGUUUACCUGGGACACGCUGAAAAACAAUGCACGUGAAAGAAUUGAACCUUAAGGUCAACCUGACCUACGGUGAUGAUAACAUUCAAGAUGAUGAGGGCGAUAGUUUGUUACAACUAAUGUUUAUAUUCUGGGGCGUCAUUAUGCCAGUUAUUGGCAUAAUCGGAAUUGUUGGGAAUAUUUUAACUGGAAUUGUUUUAUUCCGACGAGAAAUGAGAUCUACAACAGUGUAUUUCCUGCGAACGUUGAUAAUAACAGAUACUGGAAUUAUAGCUGGUGCGAUCAUGGGAGUCUCAGUGAUUUCUAUUACGCAGCUUGAUAAAAAAGAAUGGUUAUUUAAUGAUGUGAUUUACCCGCAUAUUUUCACCCCAACGAACUACUUUGUGAUGACCUUACAAACAUUGAAUGUUUGGACAACUGUUGCCGUGUCAGUAGAACGUUAUAUUGCAAUUUGUUUUCCAUUCAAAUCUAUAAAUAUAUGUAACAAACGUAACGCCUAUAUUGUAAUUGGUGUAACAACAGUGUUUUCAAUAGUUUAUAACAUUCCAAGGUGUUUUGGUACAGGAUUUACCACAUGCGGAAAUAACUGUUACAUGAUAAUAACUACAGAAUUCGGAAAAUCUGAGUUUUAUACAAUAGUUUAUAGCGAAUGGCUUUAUACCAUUCUUAUCUAUAUCAUUCCUCUUCUACUUUUAGGAGUUUUAAAUACGUUACUAAUAGUUGAAUUGACACGCAUGCGCAGAAGAAGGAGAUUAUCAAAUACUGAAGAAAACACGGAAUUUAAUUUAAGUAUUGUGCUUGUUAUAAUUGUAGUAGUGUUUAUACUUUGUCAGACUCCUGGAUUAGUGGCACAAUUUCAGUUUCUUGACCCUGAUUUUAUAAUGCAGUGGACAUGUGUUAGUAACACAUUGUUUGUGUUGAAUUCAUCAGUGAAUUUUCUGAUUUAUACCGCUGUUGGAAAGAAAUUCAGAACGCUUCUUUUAAGGAUAAUUAAAAAUUGUCUACGUCGAAAGACCACACGUUCUGGUAGUUACUGGAAUACCGAUAGAGAACUUACUACUUUAACGGUCGUUAAGGAAACGUAUGGAUCAGGAGUAAACAGUGAUGAACUAUCUGCUCUAAAGGAAAGUGAAAAGGGAUAACUUAGUUUUAGAUUGUAUGAUGUUUCUCAUAAGUACUCUGAAUUUGUUGUCAGAUGCCUUUAUACGAUUUAAUCGAUGUCUUUCCGUUGCGUUGAUCUUUCAGUAGUACUUUAGUUCACAUGUGAGAUUAUGAAGUAUACAUAUGGAGUACUGCUUCAAUGGUGUUUCAGUUACAUAUGUGACGGGUUCUUCUAACAGAUCCAUUGGCUAAUCUUGACGAAUCAGAUUCUACAUUAAAUGCUGCGUUACGAUCAAACCUACAUGUAUAUAUGUUAACAGUCCACAUGCGUUCCCAUAGAUGAAGCUUUUUUACAGCCGAUGCAUACAAAAUCCCGUGUAUCGUGUCUUUAGAGCAAAGUUGUCUCCCUUUAUCAUUGGUUUUUAACGUGAGCAGUCCCUAGUUACAGCUUAUUUCCAUUAUAACAAACUACUUGUUUGAUAUACAUGAUAAAAUGUUGUGCUGGCAGACUGACACGUCAUGAAAUCGAAAAGUGAAAAAUGAUUAUAUAUACCGUUAUACAUGUAUUGAAAAUUUCAGUAUCAGAAUAUUGCUAAGACUGUGGUGAGAUGUUGUUUCAUUCAGAUUAAACUUUUUCAUGAACGUAAAGAAUGCAUUGAAGAGAAGAAAUGUGUUACACUUUGAUCAACUCAAAUUUAUAUGGCCUGAAUGUUAUUCACGUGUGUAGCGAAGCGUUCAUUGGAUAAUAUGGUGAUUUUACUGACUUUUAUGACACCGUAUGAAGUUUGGAGAGAGAUUGUUUAAAUAACUAGACUCUCUUGUCUCUUUGUUGACUUUUAAUGUUAUUACUGUCUAAUUGUGUAUGUUUUAUUAGACUUUAUUGAAUAUAUUGUCAUAAAUGUUUUCAUUUGAAAUGUAUGAAUUUCAUCAUGCCCUGUCACUUAAAUGUGUUACGGAAUAAAUGCAUGUCUGUGGAGACGAAAAACAUUUAUAAAAGAAA